AUGGCGAACGUACCUAAAAGAAUUGGUUUCGGAGGAGCUGUGCUGUUUGCUGUCGGCGCGAUUCUGUGCUGGUUUGGUUUCCCAGCCCUUAUCAACAGCCAACUUGCAAAAAGUUUGAACUUGAACAAAGACUCAGAAACAAGAAAGAUGUGGGUGAAAUUUCCCGAUCCGAUAGACUUCAAAGUCUACAUGUUCAAUGUUACAAAUCCUCAGAGUGUUCAGCAGGGCGCCACACCAGUUGUCAGAGAAAUAGGACCAUUUUUCUACGACGAGUACAAGGAGAAGACUGCGCUCAAGGACCGCGAGAAAGACGACACGGUGGAGUACAACCCCAAGGUCACGUGGUUCUUCAACAGCGAGAAGUCCGCCCCGCUGACGGGCGACGAGAUGGUCACCGUGCCCUACAUCCCCAUUCUGGCAGCCGUGCUCGUACUGGAGAAGCAGAAGCCAGGGAUGCUGCCCCUCUUCAACAAGGCCAUCAGGUCACUCUACAGGAACCCCGACACCUUGUUCCUCACCGCCCCCGCCAGGAACAUCCUGUUCGAAGGGGUCGUCAUCAACUGCACGGUCGCCGACUUCGCCGCCAAGGCCGUCUGCACGGCCAUGAAGCAGGACUCCGGGGGUCUGGAGCGGGUCGGCGAGGACAUCUUCAAGUUCUCCUUCUUCGGCCUGAAGAACGGCAGCGUGGACCCGGCCUGGUUCCGCGUGGACCGCGGCGUGCGGAACGUGUCGCGGCUGGGAGCCAUGGUGGAGCUGAACGGCAAGCGCCGGCUGGACACGUGGUCGGGAGAGCCGUGCAACUCGCUGGACGGCACCGACUCCACCAUCUUCCCGCCCUUCAUGACGCCCGACAGGACGGUCGCCUUCUCGCACGACCUCUGCAGGUCCGUCGUCGCGGUGUACGAAGGCCGCUCCGAGUACAAGGACGUGCGCGGCUAUCGCUACACGGCGUCCUUGGGAGACAUGAGCACGGAUCCCGACCUGAAGUGCUUCUGUCCCACGCCGGACUCGUGCCUCAAGAGAGGAGCCUUCGACCUGACGCCUUGCACGGGAGCCCCGGUCGUGCUGACGCUGCCGCACAUGUACGACACCCACGAGGAGUACCGGAAUACGAUAAUCGGCCAGACGCCGAGCCAGGAGAAGCACGAGAUCUACCUCGAGGUCGAGCCCGUGAGUGAGGCGGGGUUGCCGCAUCGCCGCACCACCAUGUUCUUACACAGCACCAGCAGGAAGCCGCUCAGCACGGACGCCAUGUCCCCUGGGCGCCAAUUUACCUUGCACCGGCCCUGCACUCUUGUCCGGCAGGGGAUCGACCUGGACGACAAGUACCUGGACGUGCUCAAGAACACGCUGUUCCGCAUGAUGAAGGCGAUGACCGGCGUGUCGGGCGCCGUCAUGGGGCUGGGCGCCGCCCUGGGCGCCGGCGGCGUCCUCUUGCACUUCAAGAGGAGGUCGGGAGACGUCGUGACGCCGACGCCGCCGCCCAAGAACGGGCCGACGAUGGUGUCCUCCGUCAACCUGCCGGCGGCGACGGACGGCGGCGCGGGGAGCCGCCAGCAGUUCUACCCUUAG